AUGGAAUCUGUUCUCCAUAUCAGUAAGUGUUCUGAAGCAAACAAAGUGGAGUAUGCGGCAUGUUUGUUGCAAGGGAGGGCACUUACCUGGUGGAAUACCUUGGUACAGACUAGAGGUCGAGAAGCGGCCAACCAACUUUCGUGGGAGGAGUUCAAGAAACUCUUUAAGGCCGAAUAUUGCCCCAGAAGUGAACUUCAAAAGCUGGAAAUGGAGCUAUGGAAUCUAGAAAUGAAAGGGGAUAAUAUAUCUGCAUAUGCGGCUCGAUUUCAUGAACUGGCGAACCUAGUGCCACAUCUAGUAACGCCAGAGGAAGUUCGCAUAGAAAGAUUUGCUAAAGGAAAGCGAAAGAUGGAGGAGCAUGGGGAUCGAAGAGUUGGGGGAAAAUUUGACAGAAGCAGGAGGGUAGUACGGAAUUUUGGAGCACAUAUGCAGGUGGUAAGACAAGAUGACACGGCUAAGUGCAAUAAGUGCAAACUUCCGCAUCGAGGGAAUUGCAUCAUUUGUCAAAGAUGUCACCUAGGGGGUCACACAGCAAAGGAUUGCCGGAAACGAUUAUGUUUCGAUUGUGGGAGUGCAGAUCACAUGAGGAAUACUUGUCCAAAGAGGAAAUCAUGGGCAAAUGCAAGCCAGACCUGGCAGGUCUGUCUUCUUCAGGAACAGCAGGUGUCUCUCUGUAAAAUACAGCAGGUGUCUAUCUGA